CCCACUUGAGUUGACUUGCUUUAUAUUUACACCGCCAUGGGACUGAGAGGAUCGAAACAACCGGAAGCCCAAGUCCUCCUCCUGGGCCUGGACAAUGCUGGGAAAUCGACUCUCCUUUACAAACUGAAACACAACACGUGCGUCACAACAGUUCCCACCAUCGGCUUCAACGUGGAAAUGCUCGAGGCGAGAAAGAACAGGAAAAACCUCUCACUAACCGUGUGGGAUGUCGGUGGGCAGCGACAGAUGCGCGAGCACUGGACCAAAUUCCACCAGGACGCAUCAGCCGUCGUGUUUGUUGUGGACAGCUCGUGCGGGGAGCGCAUGGAGGAGGCGCGGAAAGAGCUGGAGAAAACUCUGGGGAGCGAGCAGCUGCGGGGCCGUCCACUGGUCCUACUGGCCAACAAACAGGACGUGAAUGGCGCUCUGACUGUCACUGAAAUCAAGGACACGUUUAACCUGAGGAAGAUUUGCUCUGGUCGGGAUUGGUUCGUUCAGCCUUGUUCCGCGUCCACUGGAUUUGGGGUUGAAGAGGCCUUUAGGAGAGUGGUCCAAAUGGUCAAAUAAAACAUGUAUUUAUAUGAAAUGUGUUUUUUUCAAUGCAUUGACAAUAUGAUUAAUUAUUUUUUUGUACUGCAUCCUUGUUGGAAAAACAUAAUCUCGCUAAUAGCAUUAGAGCUAGUGAACCCAUUAGGCUAGGCUACUUCAUAGGACACUAUAAUGGAUACCACAUGAAACACGAGAUACCUUAUGGUCUAUUACUGUGCAUUAGA